GAUAUUUCCUAGAACUUUUCUCAUCGAUUGGACACUAUGCGAUAGUUCCUGCAGUUUUAUUAAAAUAAUUAAUGCUAAUAAAAAAUCCACAGGUGCUUAUCGUGGAUUGACAGUCGAUUAGUUACGCUCCACCACUUUGGUCUCCUUGGACAUAAGCAAUAGCAAGAUGUCCCUCUCGAAGCCACUUUUUUCGCUCUUUGGCACUUAUCUGGAACAACUUUUCAAUCAUCCGGUUCGCACGAAGUCCAUAACGGCGUGUAUUUUGGCCACCUCGGCCAAUGUGACCUCGCAGCGUCUGGCCGGAGCCAAGAAAUUGAACCAGAACAGCGCCUUCGCGUAUGGACUGUUUGGCCUGCUCUUCGGUGGAAGUGUCCCCCACUACUUCUACCAGACCGUGGAGCGUCUCUUCAGUCAUGACUUGCGCUUCAGGAAGUUCUUUUUGUUCUUGUCUGAACGACUAGUCUACGCCCCCAUCUACCAGGCGCUUUCGCUCUACUUCUUGACACUGUUCGAGGGCAACUCCCACGGCACCGCUGUUAAGAGUGUCGAAAAACUGUAUUUGCCCCUGCUGAAGGCCAACUGGCAGUACUUGUCCUUGUUUGUGUACCUGAACUUUGCCUAUGUGCCGCCCAUGUUCCGUUCCAUUAGUAUGGCCAUAAUUUCCUUCAUUUGGGUAGUUUACAUUGCCAAGAAGCGUCGUCGCUUCGCGAAUAAGCAGGCUGCUGACAAGUCGAAAUAAACAUUCCAGUGGGGACCCCAAGACUUUUCAACUAUAUUAAUGUUUCUUUAGCUUUUUUUAUGAUUAAGUUACUUUCAACCGUGUUUACAAAGUCGAAAGUUUUAUUUGAUUUCCACGUCUUGCACUGGCUAUUGCUUUAAUUUAAUAUUCAGAUUACCAACUAGAUUACGAUGGGCUUUAUCUUCGUUGCGUUUAAACGAAGAGAGGCAUAAUGCUUUAGAUUGCAAAAACUAUUGCGAGUGGGUACGUUUGCGCGAUUCGUGUGUGGGCUUAAGAUAAGCAAUAGCUACUGGCACAGACAGCCUUAUCGCCUGGAUAUAGUAAAGCCCUUAAUAUUUGUAUCUUUUACGUGCAAAAAAUAAACGUAUACAAUUUACACAGAUCAUUCGA